AGUCGUAUGGAAGCUGGGAACCAAACAGUGGUUUUGAAAUUCAUCCUUCUGGGACUUUCAGAAGAUAUGGACCUGCAUCCCUUCCUCUUUGGGUUGUUCCUAUCCAUGUUCCUGGUCACCGUGCUUGGGAACCUUCUCAUCAUCCUGGCCAUCAACUCUGACUCCCGCCUCCACACACCCAUGUACUUCUUCCUCUCCAACCUGUCCCUCACUGACAUAGGUUUCACUUCUACCACUGUCCUCAAGAUGCUAGUGAACAUCCAGACACAGAGCAAUACCAUCACAUAUGAAGGCUGUCUUACGCAGAUGUAUUUUUUCAUGAUUUUUGCUGGACUAGAUAGUUCGCUACUGAUGGUGAUGGCCUAUGAUCGGUUUGUGGCCAUCUGUCAUCCCCUGCGCUAUACAGUCAUUAUGAACCCUCGCCUUUGUGGUCUCCUGCUUCUGGUUUCUUGGUUAAUCUGCCUGACAUACUCUUUGUUGCAAAGCUUGAUGUUUUUGAGGGUGUCCUUCUGCAAAGAGAUAGAAAUCCCCCACUUCUUCUGUGAACAUACUCAGAUCCUCAAGCUUACCUGCUCUGACACCCUUGCCAAUGACAUCCUGCUGUAUUUUGUAACUGGCCUGCUGGGUGUUAUUCCCCUGACUGUGAUCCUUCUUUCUUAUUAUAGAAUUAUUUCCUGCAUAAUGGGCAUUUCGUUGGUGGCAGGAAAGUAUAAAGCCUUUUCCACCUGUGGGUCUCACCUCUUGGUUGUCUCUUUGUUUUAUGGGGUAGGUCUUGGAGUCUACCUCACUUCUGGAACAACUCAUCCCUCCAGAAAGGGCUCAGUAGCCUCAGUGAUGUACACGGUGGUCACCCCCAUGCUGAACCCCUUCAUCUACGGUCUGAGGAACAGGGAUAUGAAGAGGGCUCUGAGGAGACUUUUCAGGAGAGGAGUUUACUCUCAGUGA